CAAUUCUCAGCACGCUCUGUAAAGAAUUCCUGCACGUCAACGUCUCUGCCAUACUUUACAUGAUGAAUAAUGAACAGUUCGGCCAUAGCACCGCCUCCGCACAGUACUUUUUACAAUUGGCUGGUUAUUUGGGCAUUCCAGUAAUAUCCUGGAAUGCGGAUAAUUCUGGUUUGGAGCGCCGUGCAUCCCAAUCCACACUUCAGCUUCAGCUAGCUCCAAGUAUAGAACAUCAAAGUGCAGCUAUGUUGAGCAUACUUGAACGUUACAAAUGGCAUCAGUUUUCGGUGGUCACCUCUCAAAUAGCUGGGCACGAUGAUUUUGUGCAGGCUGUGCGAGAACGUGUCGCUGAGAUGCAAGAUCAUUUCAAAUUUACAAUAUUGAAUUCGAUUGUGGUAACGCGUACUAGUGACUUGAUGGAAUUGGUGAAUAGCGAGGCUAGAGUGAUGCUCCUCUAUGCCACACAAGGCGAAGCCAUUAAUAUUCUUAGAGCUGCUGAAGAGAUGAAGUUAACUGGCGAGAAUUACGUGUGGGUCGUCAGUCAAUCUGUGAUUGAGAAGAAGGAUGCACAUUCACAAUUUCCCAUUGGCAUGUUGGGUGUGCAUUUUGAUACGAGCAGUGGGGCAUUGAUGAAUGAAAUUUCCAAUGCGAUUAAAAUUUAUGGCUUUGGUGUGGAAGCAUACCUAACAGAUCCCAUAAAUAAAGACAGGAAGUUAACAACGCAAUCAUUAUCCUGUGAAGAUGAAGGACGUGGACGAUGGGACAAUGGUGAAAUCUUCUUUCGCUAUUUGCGUAAUGUGUCAAUUGAAGGUGACCUCAAUAAACCAAAUAUUGAGUUCACUGCUGACGGCGAUUUAAAAUCAGCCGAACUGAAAAUUAUGAAUUUACGUCCAAGUGCCAACAAAGGCAAUUUGGUUUGGGAAGAAAUUGGUGUCUGGAAGUCAUGGGAGACACAAAAAUUAGAUAUACGUGACAUUGCCUGGCCAGGUAAUUCGCAUGCGCCUCCACAUGGUGUGCCUGAGAAAUUCCAUUUAAAGAUAACAUUUCUUGAAGAAGCACCCUAUAUCAAUCUAUCACCCGCAGACCCAAUUAGUGGCAAAUGUCUCAUGGAUCGCGGAGUUCUAUGUCGUGUUGCAGCUGAUCAUGAAAUGGCUGCAGACAUUGAUGUAGGACAGGCACAUCGCAACGAAUCGUUUUACCAAUGUUGUAGUGGUUUUUGCAUCGAUCUGCUUGAGAAAUUUGCCGAAGAGUUGGGUUUCACAUACGAACUAGUGAGGGUUGAAGAUGGUAAAUGGGGUACUCUUGAGAAUGGUAAAUGGAAUGGUUUAAUAGCGGACUUGGUAAAUCGCAAAACUGAUAUGGUUCUCACAUCUUUAAUGAUUAACACAGAACGUGAAGCAGUUGUUGAUUUUAGUGAGCCAUUUAUGGAGACUGGUAUAGCUAUUGUUGUUGCGAAGCGAACAGGUAUUAUAUCACCUACAGCUUUCUUGGAACCUUUCGAUACGGCAUCAUGGAUGUUGGUUGGCAUUGUAGCAAUACAAGCAGCCACAUUUAUGAUAUUCCUCUUCGAAUGGCUUUCACCCAGUGGCUAUGAUAUGAAACUAUAUCUACAAAACACCAAUGUUACACCUUACCGUUUUUCAUUGUUUCGCACUUAUUGGUUAGUUUGGGCAGUCCUGUUUCAAGCUGCCGUACAUGUUGAUUCACCACGCGGUUUCACAUCACGUUUCAUGACCAACGUUUGGGCUUUAUUUGCUGUAGUAUUUUUGGCUAUCUACACUGCCAACUUGGCCGCGUUCAUGAUAACGAGAGAAGAGUUUCAUGAAUUUAGUGGUCUCAACGACAGUCGACUUGUUCAUCCAUAUUCACACAAACCUUCCUUUAAAUACGGCACUAUACCGUAUAGUCAUACGGAUUCAACUAUUAAUAAAUACUUUAAGGAUAUGCAUUUCUACAUGAGGCAAUACAAUAAAUCCAGCGUAGCAGAAGGAGUAGCUGCGGUACUUAAUGGAAAUUUGGACUCAUUCAUUUACGAUGGAACUGUUCUAGACUAUUUGGUUGCUCAAGAUGAAGAUUGUCGUUUGAUGACUGUUGGUAGUUGGUACGCAAUGACAGGCUAUGGACUUGCCUUCAGUCGCAAUUCAAAAUACGUCCAAAUGUUCAAUAAACGCUUACUUGAGUUCCGCGCUAAUGGUGAUUUAGAACGUUUGAGGCGUUAUUGGAUGACUGGCUCCUGUCGACCUGGCAAACAAGAACACAAGUCUUCGGAUCCAUUGGCGUUGGAACAAUUUUUAUCAGCUUUUCUCCUACUAAUGGCAGGUAUUUUAUUGGCCGCACUGCUGUUACUACUAGAACACGUUUACUUCAAAUAUAUACGAAAGCGAAUAGCGAAGAAAGAUGGUGGACAUUGCUGUGCACUUAUUUCACUCUCUAUGGGUAAAUCCUUAACAUUUCGUGGUGCCGUAUUUGAAGCUACCGAAAUACUGAAAAAACAUCGGUGCAAUGAUCCUAUAUGCGAUACACACUUAUGGAAAGUGAAACACGAAUUAGAUAUGUCACGUUUAAGAGUACGUCAAUUGGAGAAAGCAUUGGAUAAACAUGGCAUAAAAGCGCCACAAUUAAGGCUAGCAUCAUCUUCAGAUUUGCUCAAUCAUCAUCACUUGAAAGAACGUCCCCCUUUGUUGGGCAAUCUAAGCUUAGCAGCCAGCGCACAAGAUUUAUACAGGUGGUCCUACAAAACUGAGAUAGCAGAAAUGGAGACAGUGCUUUAAAGUGUUAUUCACACACCCUGUAGAGAGCUCAAUUUUUAAAUCAAU